AAAACAAAAACAAUACCGAUAAUAAAAAAAACAAUACCGAUAAUUUCCGCUAUUACAUUUUAACGCAUUUAUCGGCCGAUAAUAUCGUCAGGCCGAUAAUAUCGGCCUCCCUGAUAAAAAUGUUAAAAAAUAAGUCAUAUAUAUAUUUUAUUCAACGCCUAAAUCUCUUGAUCAACUUUGGGUCUCCCUCUCAAUAAAGGGUUUAUUUAAAAUUGUUUGUUUUGUCAAAGAAAACCCUCUUUUUAAUAGCAAAAAAAAAAAAUCCCACUAAAAUUAUUGGAGAUCCAAAAGGGUCCCACUCAUAAAAGUGUUAAAAAUAAGUUAUACAUUUUUUUCCAUUAGGGCCUGAUUUACUCAAGGUUUGCGUGUACUAAAACACGUGCAAAGCUGAUCUACUAAACAUGUGCAAAGUGGAUUGUGUCUGUUAAGUGAGCAGAAUAAGGCGUGCAAUCUAUUUUGCAUCUCUGUCUUCAUUGAUAUGCAAAAGAUAUGCCGAUCAUCAAAACACCCACAAUACUGGGAGGAGAAGAUGCAAAUAUAAAUAUUCAAUACUCAUCACCGUUUUACGAGCUCUCUUUAGCGUUUUAUUUAGCACAUGUGGGAAGGACGUGCAAACUGACAGUUCCACCGAGAGAUGAGAAUCCCCCCACCCCGUGGCUUUGGGCUAUUUUUUUUUUCUAAAACGUCUGGUUUCAUUACUUUGUGGGGCAUUAUGUCAUCUCCUGUCACACCAGCCCUCGUCUUAUUUUGAGUUUGUUAGUGUUUUUCCAUGUUAAAUAUUGACUUCCUGUCCUGCGCACUUAUUUUGUAGUUUUACUUUCGUUGUGAGUGUCCUGCAGCAGCUUUACUUUGUCUCCCAGGGCACCUGUUUUCUUUUGUGUUUAGUCUUAAGUACAGCCGUUUCCAGUGUCUUGCGUUGACAAACGGCGCGUCAUAGGAGACGCCGGAGGUUGUUGUGAUUUUAAGGAUGCAGAAAAGCGAGGUUACAGCGUGAGGUAAAAAGGGGUAUUUAUUAAUUUAAGAGGCAAACAACACAAGGCGAGAGCGGAAGGGAAGUGCUGAAACCCAGCAAAACAAAACACUCACAGGAAAUGUGGCGCAGACAGAAGCAUAACAUGGGAAAUGAAGUCACCAGUGAACAGAUUACAUCAUCAUCAAUGUCCCGACAACGAAGGAUCCACGCCGCCUGUGACGACAACGCCGUCAACGACAACGCCGUCAACGACAACGCCGUCAACGACAACGCCGUCAACGACAACGCCGUCAACGACAACGCCGUCAACGACGACAACCCCACUGGGGGUCAUGGUAGCAAAUGCAAAUACCAACAACGAAUCUGUUGAAAUUAAAGAAAGUAAAAGCAGCUACGUUUCCACCCUGGAAGUACUGUUGGCGCUCUCUUCAAGUUUUGCCCUGGUGCUGCCUGUGGUCGUGUACGUUUACAUGCGUCGUCAGACGAGGCAGUCUGGUUUCCGCACAGAAACUGCUUUGGUCAGGGUCACCAACGACAUCCUGAUGGCAGCAGACACCGGUACCCCAUCACUUCUCAUCCUCUUGGAUCUUUAAUACAGUCCACCACGACAUCCUCCUCCACCGCUUGCAAUACACCACUGGACUCACAGGAAACGCACAUAACUGGCCUCAUACCUCACCGGCAGAACCGAAAAUGUCGCCCUUGGCAAAGUUGAAUCUCACACCCACCUGCGGUGUCUCCCAGGGCUCGGUGUUGGGCCCCACCCUUUUCUCCAUAUACAUGCUCCCCCUGGGCAGUGUCAUCAGCAGGCAUGGGUUAUGCUACCAUUGCUAUGCUGAUGACACACAGCUUUACAUCAGAACCACCCCAGCUUCUUCUCCCCCCCCUGCCAACAUCCACACUGACCACCUGCCUGUAGGAGAUGGAGGCGUGGAUGAAGCUCAAUUUUCUACAACUUAACUGCUCCAAAACUGAAGCCAUCCUCAUCGGCACUUCGCAACAGCUCCGCUCCUCCCCCAUCACCAAUAUCACAUCCCCCUUUCCACUUCUGUCACUAACCUCUGUGUGAAAAUGAACCAGCAGCUGAACUACGACACCCACAUCAAUCACCUGCGCAAGACCGCAUUCUACCAUCUCAAAAUCAUCGCCAAACUCCGCCCUUCACUCAUCCUGGCAGAUGCAGAGAAGCUCGUCCACGCCUUUGUCUCCUCCAGGUUGGACUACUGCAAUGCACUCCUCAUCGGGAUCCCCGGCAAGAGCAUCCAGAAGCUCCAGUGUAUUCAAAACAGCACUGCCAGGAUCCUGAUGAGGGAUAACACAUAACCCCCAACCUCAAAUCCCUUCUGUGGCUCCCCCUCAAACUCAGAAUUGAGUUUAAGAUCUCCCUCCUCACCCAUCAGUGCAUCCACGGAUCUGUCCCCCCUUACCUCCAGGAGCUCCUCACCCCUCAGACCAUUUCAUGCACCCUCCGUUCAACAUCCACACACACCCUCGUAACACCAAGGACUAAGCUAUGCACCACGGGCGAUAGGGUUUUCUCUGCUGCUGCCCCAAGACUGUGGAACGCCCUCCCUGAACACCUGAAUGCCCGAAAGACUACAACUGCUUUAAAAAACAAGCCUUAAGACUCAUCUUUUUUGAAAAGCCUUCUGCUAAUUUCGUUUCUUUUUUUUUUUUAGAUGUUUUAUGUGUUUUUAACUACUCUUGUAUACUUUUAAACUCGUAACACUUUGGGAUUGUCAAAGGUAAAGUGCUUUACAAAUUAAAUGUAUUAUUAUCAUUAUUAUUAUUAUUAUUUUAAACAUUUUUUUGCGUGUUCAUCGCUUGAUUCGGACUUCAAUUAUUGUCACACGUGUGUGCGUGUUUGUGUAUAUGUGUUGUGUUCUUGCAAUGGGGAGACAGUAAAACCUACAUUUCAAAGUACCGUAUUUUUCGGAGUAUAAGGCGCUCCGGAGUAUAAGUCGCACCGGCCCGAAAAUGCAUAAUAAAGAAAGAAAAAAACAUAUAUAAGUCGCAUUUUUGGGGGAAAUGUAUUUGAUAAAAGCCAACACCAAGAAUAGACAUUUGAAAGGCAAUUUAAAAUAAAUAAAGAAUAGUGAACAACAGGCUGAAUAAGUGUACGUUAUAUAACGCAUAAAUAACCAACUGAGAACGUGCCUGGUAUGUUAACGUAACAUAUUAUGGUAAGAGUCAUUCAAAUAACUAUAACAUAUAGAACAUGCUAUACGUUUACCAAACAAUCUGUCACUCCUAAUCGCUAAAUCCCAUGAAAUCUUAUACGUCUAGUCUCUUACGUGAAUGAGCUAAAUGAUGUUAUUUGAUAUUUUACGGUAAUGUGUUAAUAAUUUCACACAUAAGUCGCUCCGGAGCAUAAGUCGCACCCCCGGCCAAACUAUGAAAAAAAACUGCGACUCAUAGUCCGAAAAAUACGGUAGGUUUUAUCUUGUCAGCAGAUGUCGUUGUUUAAGGAUUAAUGUGAAAUAAAGGAGGCACCAAACUAGUAUUGCAUAGGUAAAUCAUUUUAAAUAUUCGCUAUUUACUUUGU